AUGGAACGUCUACCAGUACUCAUCAAGAGCAAUGGACAAUGGAAUGAAGAUCACAAUUAUGAGAACUAUGUGGCUAGUGGAGAAUUCAUACCAACAAAAUGCAAGUACGAAGAGCUACUGCAAAUACUGGUUACUUCAUUGGGGUGCGAAAACACCAGCACAACACUACAAAUACAGUACCAAGCUAAAGAAGGAAUACCACCGAUCAAAAUAUGCAACGAUCGAAGCCUCUACUUUUACUUGGAAUUGAAAAUGAAGGAAACAGAUUUCACGACAUAUCCACUAUGUGUGAACCAGCAAAACAACAACACAACACGUGCUGCAACACCAAAUUCGAUAUCCACAACAACACCGAAUGAAUAUAAUGUGGCAAUGAUCGAAAACAACACAACAACGCUUGAAAACAACAUAACAACAACAGAAUCAUACACAACGGGACAGCAAACGGAAGAAGGGGAAAAGUCAGAAACAAUAGAAGAUGAGGAGGACAAAUUCGACAUAAUUGACUAUGCAAAUCUGGUUGCUGAAGAAAUGGUAGAACAACUUGAAAACACCAGUAAAAAACUGGAUCCAGAAAUUGACAUCAACAAUGCAAAUACAAAGUGUGGAAGUCCCGCUCUCAAGAAUACAAAUUCGAAAUGUGUUUACGAAAGCUGCAAUUGGUCACUAAGAGCAUCGAGAAAUGGGCCAACAAACACAUUCAUAAUCAGGAGGUUCUCAAAUAUGCACACAUGCCCCAUAAAUAUAAGGCAUGAAGACCAAAGGCAAGCAACAUCGAAACUGAUAGGGGAAUGCAUAAAACCGAAGUUCUUGAACAUAAAGACCAAGGCAACAGCGAUGGACAUAAAAGGGGAGUUGAAAUACAGAUUUGGCAUCAAAAUGAACUAUAUGAAAGCUUGGAGAAGUAAGGAACAUGCAGUAAACGACUUGAGAGGUAAUGCUAGUGACUCGUACAGCCUAAUACCGAGUUUCUUACACAUGGUGGAAAAAACAAACCCUGGAUCAUUUGUGGAUCUGAAAACGGCAGAAGACAACAGCUUGCUCUUUGUUUUCAUGGCGUUGGAUGCAUCCAUAAAAGGGUGGGGAGCAUGCAGACCGAUAGUUGUUGUGGACGGAACGUUCCUCAAAGCAGCUUAUGGGGGAACUUUGUUGUGCGCAUGCACACAAGAUGCAGCAGGUCAUAUUUUUCCACUAGCGUUUUGUGUUGCAGAUUCUGAGAAUGACCAAUCUUGGAAAUGGUUCUUCAAAAAAUUUAAAGAAGCGUAUGGUGUACGGGAACACCAAUGCCUAAUUUCAGACAGAAAUGAAAGCCUCAUCAAAGCAGCGAGAGAAAUCUAUCCAGAAAUUGCACACAGUUACUGCGGUUACCACAUUUUGAGCAACCUUAAAACAAGCUUCAAACAACAUGCUGCCAAAUACAAUCUGCCAUUCUUUGGAGCAGUGAAAGCCUACACAGAAAAGCAAUUCGAGUUCCACAUGGCUGAAUUGGAUGGAUUGGACAAACGCAUAAGACCUUACCUCAAAAAAAUCGGGUAUGAAAAGUGGUCAAGAAUUCAUAGCCAAAACAAGAGGUAUUCCACAAUGACCUCAAACAUAUCAGAAUCACUGAACGCUGCAAAUUUGGCAGCAAGGGAGCUACCAAUUACAACGCUGCUAGAAUGCUUGAGAGCAUUGGUGCAACAAUGGACGCAUACUAAUAGGACAAAAGCACAAAACACCUUCACUAAGCUAUCACCAACUGGAGAAGACAUACUGUUGAAAAAUUACACAUACUCAUUGAAUCUGGAGGUUAAAGCAACAACAGAUUACUUGUUUGAGGUAACAAGAAUGAAAGAAUCGUGGGAAGUAGACCUAGAAAAAAGAACAUGCACGUGCAACAGGUUCCAAAUAGAUGAAAUGCCAUGCGGGCACGCAGUGGCCGUGAUGAGGGAGAUGAACAUGGACCCGUACACCUACUGUUCAGAUUACUACACAAAAAAAAAUUGGCUGGCAACUUAUUCAGGGACAGUUUACCCAAUAGGACACCAAAGUGAAUGGGAGGUACCGGAAGAAGUGAAAAAUAUUACAGUCUUGCCUCCACAUGAAAGAGUAAAAUCAGGAAGACCAAAAACAUUAAGAAGGAAGGCUGGAUGGGAAAGGGAUCAACACAACAAGUGCAGCAAAUGUGGUGAACUGGGGCAUAACAAAAGAACAUGCAGCAGAAGACGUAGAAGGGAAUAAAAACAACAACAGAACAACAGUGGAAAAACAAAAGAAAACUACACAUACGUUAUGAGAAUUAGAUAUUGAGGAAUUUAAAUUUCUGAAAUACACAGGGAAUACAGUUUUUUAUUUGAAAAACAUUGAUUACAUUGGGAAUUGUUGAUACUCUAGAUUGGAUAUUAAAAGAUGUUGGAUACUAAAUUGAAUAUA